AUGAGCCUCCAAAUCCUGAGAAAGGCUUCUUCACGCACCCAAAACCCGAACCAUCUCUCCUCCAUUGUCCUUUCCAAACUCACCCGCUCCUUCUCGCAGCUCUCCUCUCAAUCCAAACCUUCUUCUUCGUUUGGCAUUGCCUUCGACAUCGACGGCGUCGUUUUGAGCAGCGAUGUCCCCAUCGGAGGCUCCCCUCAGGCCUUCAGAAGACUAUACGACGAUUCUGGUCGUCUCAGGGUUCCCUACGUCUUCUUGACCAAUGGAGGUGGGUUUCCUGAGUCUAAAAGAGCACAUGAGUUGGGUCAGCUUCUGGGUGUCAAGGUUUCACCUUCACAGGUUUUGCAGGCUCAUACACCUUUUAAGCAAUUAGUGAGCAAAUUUCAGAAUGAGCUGAUUGUUGCUGUGGGAAAAGGAGAACCUGCUGCUGUGAUGUCUGAUUACGGGUUUAGAAAUGUUGUUUCGAUUGAUGACUAUGCCGCGUGUUUUGAAAACAUUGAUCCACUCGCACCACAUAAGAAGUGGACAACGAAGCAUGUUGGUAAUCCGGAUAGCGCUAUCAGAGAUCUUGUUCGCAGAGAAAGAGGUCAGGCGGUGUUUAUACUUAGUGAUCCUGUUGAUUGGAGCAGGGACAUUCAGGUUCUAUGUGACAUUUUAAGAACUGGUGGUCUUCCUGGUCGGGAAAUUGGACACCAACCUCAACUGUACUUUGCGCAUGACGACCUUGCAUACCAGGCUGCUUUUCCUUCUGAGCGUUUUGGACUGGGAGCUUUCAGAAUUGCAUUGGAAUCCAUCUUUAACAGAGUCCACCCUCAUCCUUUGAAGUAUACAACUUUUGGGAAGCCAAAUUCGUUUGUAUUCAAGAAUGCAGAAUUUGCUCUUAAGCAACUUGUGUCAUCUGUUCCUGACAAUGUUUCGGUUGCGAAUCAUGAAACUGCUGGCAGUCAUCAGUUCAAAACUCUGUAUAUGGUAGGAGAUAAUCCCUUAGUUGACAUCAAGGGUGCACGACAGGCGGGUCAUCCCUGGUUUUCUAUUCUGACAAGGACCGGGGUUUUUAAGGGAAAGGAAAAUCAUGACAAGUUUCCAGCUGAUCUGGUUGUUGAUACUGUCGAAGAAGCUGUGGACUAUGUUUUGAAAAAGGAGUCGACCUCUUAGAUUCUACACUUUUUUUCCUACAACUAAAGAAUUGAGGACAGAUAGGUUCCCGAUUUGGGAUCAAUUCAUGAUCUCAUUCAUUAUAGUAUUCAAAUGAAAUUGUGUACCAUACAUGUUUUGAUAAACGGAAUUCGAUUAUUGUACUGUAUGCUUGUGCUUCCA